ACAGCCGGUUGUCGGUUGUUCUCCGGUUGUUCCCCGUUCAACACGAGCCUCCAUGGCAGCCCGCCGGGGGCCGCAGCUCUACCUGGACCUCCUGUCGCAGCCCUGCAGGGCGGUGCUGCUGCUGCUGGAGGCCACAGGGACCCCGCACACCGUGCACAGCGUGGCCCUGCGGACAGGAGAGAACAGAACUCCAGACUUCACGAAGCUGAACCCGAUGCAGAAAGUUCCUGUGAUGGAGGACAACGGCUUUAUCCUCACAGAGAGUGAUGCCAUCAUGAAGUACCUGGCCACCAGGUACGAUGUCCCGGAGCACUGGUAUCCACGGCAACCAGAGAGACGAGCCAGAGUGGACGAAUACACGGCCUGGCAUCAAACCAACACCCGUCCUCACAGUGCUAGAGUGUUCAUACUGGAGGUGCUCCUCCCAGGUCAGACCGGCUCCCCGGUGGACGAGGUGCGCUUGCUUCGUGCUCUGUCUCAGCUGGAGGACACUCUGGACAAACUGGAGUCCAUGUUUCUGCGCAGACAGCCCUUCCUGUGUGGCGAUGACAUCAGCGUGGCCGACCUGCUCGCCGUCUGUGAGAUCAUGCAGCCCUUGGGGGGGGGCAGAGACGUCCUGCAGCAGCGUCCUCAGCUGCAGCGCUGGAGGAGCCGAGUCCAGGAGGCCGUCGGCGAGGCCUUCCAGCGAGCGCACGCCGUCCUGUACGCCGUCAGGGACCGCCGCAAGGCCAAGCUGUGACAUCACAGAGGCCCCGCCCACAGGAGGAGGAUGUGUCUCUGUGGAGUCACUUCUGUUUUGAACUUCUAAUCAAUCAUCCUAAACUGAAGCAGAUUCACUGUUGAUCCAUUUGAUUGAUUGAUUGAGUCAUGUGAUGUCACAGCCUUUCCUCCAAUCAGCUCUCAGCUCAGUGGUCACAUGAUGUAAAUAACAUGUUUAAUAAGAGAAAUAAAG